CUGUAUUUAGUAUCGCAUAGUUAGUUCAGCAUAUGUAAUAUUCCGUACAUACCUAUCAUAAUCAAUGCCGACUUGACCUUCAACCACCAUCAAGUGUAUUAUAGUACUUUGACAGACACCUACUGUUAGACCACGGAAUCGAGUUCACACGAUGGCUCAAUUACCGCCACAGACGAUCCAUAGGGAUCCCCAGCUUUUCUAUUGGAUCCUGCUCCCGAUUACUGCUGUGAUGAUUCUCACUGGUGUUCUGCGAUACUAUGCCACCGUCCUUAUGCAAACGCCUCCCAAGAAGCUCGACCAAAAGGCCACGAGGGAGCAACGGUCUCUGAUGCACGGUAUCGCUGUGCGUAGCAAUUUCCACGUGUUAUCCGCACCAUCUUUCCGCGCGAGGAGAGACUACCUCACCAGUGCCUACGAAUCCGGUGCUUUCCUGAAGGAUCCCGAGCGUCGCGGCCAGCCUCCCCCGAACCCGAUGACCGACCCUGGUGCUAUGGACGGCAUGAUGGGUAUGAUGAAGAAUAACAUGGCCAUGAUGAUUCCGAACACCCUGAUCAUGAGCUGGAUCAAUGCCUUCUUUAGUGGAUUUGUUAUCAUCAAGCUACCUUUCCCUCUUACUAUCAAGUUUAAGAGUAUGUUACAGGCUGGCGUCGCAACUAAGGAAAUGGAUCCUAGAUGGAUGUCGAGUAUUAGUUGGUACUUCUUGUGCUACUUUGGUCUGCAAUUUGUAUUCAACUUCUUGCUCGGAAACGAGAAUGCUGCCAACCAGAUGGCCCAACAGAUGUCGGGAAUGGGGCCACAAAACGCACAAAUGUUUGGGCCUGGUGUUGACCCUGAUAAACAGUUCAAGACAGAGGCUGAAAACCUUGCUGUGGUUGAGCAUUACUCGGUCUUGGACGGAGUAGAAGAUCGAUUACUCGAGGGUAUCAAGUCUAAAUAAGAGGGCUGGGUAGCUAAUCAGCCAAACCUAUGCAAGUAGUGAUUCCCAACCAAACGCCACCAUAUGCAGUUGUAUACAAUUAGUUAAAGAAAACACUAUGAAAUCACUCCCACCACAAACAGACCCCAAGACCUUCUUUCAUCAUGGUCCCCU